AUCAAAUACUCACAAUUCACUGCCGAGCACUUGCACCAUGAAAGGCAGAGGAGCGAGAAAGGAAAGUCAAUAACUCGCACAAUCGACCCGACAUGGCGGGGAAGGACUACACUUUCCACAAGCUGCAAGAAGAUACGACGUGCUAUGCCUGCCUUCGUAAAUCUAAAAAAUAUAUAUCCUUUGCCUGCGGACACACGCUCUGUGGAAGAUGCCGUGAGUCACAUGGGGCCACCACCGAGUCUCCAGAGCACAACUGCCCUAAGUGCAGAAGGGAGCUCCCUGCCCAAGGCCAGGCCAUACCAUUGAUCUAUACAGAUGAACAUGGCAAACUGGAAGUUGAUGAAUCCGUUGUACAAAGUUGUUUUAUAGACAGUGUCGUAUCCGAAUAUCCAAUAUGCCUUGUGUGUGUGAUUGGAGAGAAACGCCGGGGGAAAUCCUUUCUCAUGAACUACAUGCUGAGAGCUCUGUCCUCCAAGGAGAAGGAUGGAUCGCUGAUUCUGGGCAAGACAAAUGAGCCUCUAAGCGGGUUUGAGUGGAAAGCUGGGGUAGACACCAUCACCAGAGGAAUAUGGAUAUGGAACAAGCCGUUCAUUCUGGAACUCAAUGGAGAAAAGAUGGCUGUGUUUGUCCUGGAUACAGAGGGUUCUUUGGAUAUUGGGGGUUCCCUUGAGAACUGCCUGAAGAUGUCUGCAUUAUCCAUGAUCCUAAGCUCUUAUUUGAUUUUCAAUGUAAACUCCUUCCUCAAAACAACAGAACUAGAUUAUCUUGAGAUGUUUCUUCAUGUUGCUAAGGAAACAGGAGAAUCCUUUGAUCUUCAAUGCCUACAGCAUCUGGAUAUUCUUAUACGAGACUGGUACGACUCAAAGAAAUGCAGUCAAAAUUAUGGAAACGCCUAUAUCUGCCAUGAGAUUGAGAAAUUGAGUAACUCAUCAGCAUAUGCCUCAUUGCUUCCAAUCCUUGGAGGCUCAUCUGUAACCUGCUCCCUCUUGCCCCACCCAGGGGCAAAUCUGAGCCAGGGAAUGCUUUCAGAUAUGGAUGAGAAUUUUAGGAACCACCUUCAAGUGUAUAUACUCAGCCUUGUAAAAGGGCUCGACCGUUAUGUAAAAACUGAUCGACAUGGAAGAAAUGUGACCUGCAAUCAGCUGGGGACGAUAUUAAAGAAAUUCGUACAAAUUUUAAGAAAUAAAGAAUACAGAUUUGGCUCUCAAAUGCAGAUGCAUUAUUCAUUUAAAAACUACAUCAGUUUGGAAACCUGUAAACAGCAGUUCCACAAUAACCUACAGCUAAUGAAACAAAAGAGACAUCUUAAGAUCUUUAGGAAGAGACCAUCUAAAAUGAAGAGCAGCAGUGGGGAUUUAGUGAAGGAGCAACUUGCUGAUUAUGAAAGAUCACUUGAAGGCUGCGAUGAGGAGCAGAAGAAGGAGCUUGUGAAGCAAAUGGAGGCCUCUUUGAAAUCAGAGCAGGAAACGUUCUGUAACGAGUAUGCCAAACAAUACCGGAAAUAUGCAAUAAAGGUUGGGGCUGUGGCAGCUGGAGUACCACUGGCCAUAACUGGAGCCGCUCUAGGAGCGGUAUUUUUGCCUGUAGCGAUUGGGGGGGCACUGGCUGCUGAAGCAGCAGUGGCUGCAGGUGUGUUCGGAGGCACUUUAACAUUAGGCGGCUUUGGGACAGGGGUGGGGGCAUUUCUAGGCAAGAUUUUUACAAGGAAAAAAAAAAGUGAACAGGCAAAUCAGAGAGGUGACACACCAUAAGGAUAACCACCCCCUAAGGGCAAUAUUGAGUGAGACGGAAUCAUUGGGAGGCGCAAUAUUUUAGUUUAGUGUAACUAAGGUGAGGGUAAUAUUUAAUAUGAUAUGUGAAUUAUUUAUAUCGAUAUCGCUGCUGUACAACUUGCUUUAUACUUUGGGAUAAUUCUUUGAUUUACCACAUGUUUUUGUUUACAGAAUUACAUUAAAACCAAUAUAUUU